AUGAACUUACAUCGACUUUUAUGCCAGUGGAUGUUCGAAUGGCGUAUAUCUGUAGAACUCGAAAAUUCCUCGAUACCACUUAACAGAAUAGAGUGGAAUGUCGAACACUUCGUAGCUACAAUGCAAUUGUGCACUUUGGCCUCUUCUUAUGACUUCCGGAUAAACGGACAGAAUGGUUGGAAACGAAUAUCAACAAAGAUAUCUCAUCGUACAUGA